AUGGGUGGCAACCAGUUUCAUGGAAGCGCUCCUGUUUCAUUAGCCAACGCUUCUCAGCUUCAAGAUCUAGACAUCUCUCGCAACUUUCUCACAGGACAAGUUCCUACCAAUCUGGGAAAUUUGAAUGAUCUUCAGCGCCAUGGAGAUAAACCUUUUUCUGGUGUUAUUCCUUUUUCUUUUGGGAAGCUUGGAAAGCUGCAGUUAUUGGAUUUAGGAGGAAACCUACUGUCUGGUGAAAUCCCAACAUCCCUAGAACUUCUCGACUUAUCACAGAACUCAUUGACAGGUUCCUUGCCCGCCCAAGUUAGCGUCUUGAAAAAUAUUCAUGCAUUAGAUGUUUCAGAGAACAAGUUAUCUGGCAAAAUUCCUGAGACAAUAGGUCUCCAACACUUAGACCUGUCAAGAAACAACUUGUCAGGAAAGAUUCUAGAAGAUCUGGAGAGCCUUUCGGUUUUACAAUAUUUCAAUCUCUCUUUCAACAACUUUGAAGGUGAAGUGCCAAAAAAAGGAGGUUUUGGAAAUGCAAUGGCAUUUUCAGUUGUUGGAAACAAUAAGCUGUUUCAAAUUUCAUACAAGGAACUCUUCCAAGCAACUGCAGGAUUCUCUCCAGAAAACUUAAUUGGACAAGGUUCUCAAUCUUCAACAACAUGGAGAUUCCAAGAGCUUCUUCGACAUCGAAAUCUAGUAAAGAUCUUGACAUGCUGCUCUAGUAUUGAUUUCAAAGCUCUAGUGUUUGAUUUCAUAGAAAAUGGAAGUUUGGAAAUGUGGUUGCAUCCAGAAGAAAGUGGUAUUGAUCAUUCACGGACUCUGAAUCUUCUCCAACGACUUCAUAUUGCAAUUAAUGUGGCUUAUGCACUGAAUUAUCUUCAUGAACAUUGUGAAGUGCCAAUCAUUCAUUGUGACUUAAAACCAAGUAAUAUUCUUCUUGAUAGUGGCAUGACAGCUCAUGUUGGUGAUUUUGGAUUAGCAAGGUUCCUUACCAAAACAACCAGCUACUCUUCUGAAGGCCAAACUUGUUCCAUUGGGAUGAAAGGAACAAUUGGGUACAUGGCUCCUGGUAAAAUUUUGCAUUCUUCUUUAUCCAAUUACCACCAAUUGGCAAGACACACAAAGACGCACACACACACAUGGGAAAAAUAUGUCAAAGUAACUGUUGUUUUUUGA